GCGGAGAAAGCCUGAAAAGCGAGCCUUAUAUUCGUAGCUGUGGGACCUCUUUUCCAAUACACGCACAAUUUUUUUGGUUAAGAAACCCACCAAACAUCCAACAAGGGCUUGUUUUUCUCUUCAUUGGGGCUCCCUUCGCUUCUUGAGCCCCUUUUUCUUUUCUGGGCCCUUACCGAUUCUCAAUGGAGGUUCCAGGAAUGGAAGGCAAGACCGAAAGUCAUAUGACAUCGGCAGCAGCCUUUGUGGAAGGAGGUAUUCAAGAAGCCUGUGAUGAUGCUUGCAGCAUAUGUCUUGAGGAUUUUUGCAAAAGUGAUCCUGCAACUGUCACUAAUUGCAGGCAUGACUUCCACCUGCAGUGCAUUCUUGAAUGGUGUCAGAGAAGCUCCCAAUGCCCUAUGUGUUGGCAGCCUAUCAGCUUGAAGGAUGCUACCAGUCAAGAGUUGCUUGAGGCAGUAGAGCUGGAGAGGAGCUUGAGGGAUACCCCAUCAAGAAAUGCUGCGAUUUUUCGUCAUCCGACACUUGGUGAUUUGCAAUUGCAGCAUUUACCCAUGGGUGCGAAUGAGUCUGAUAUUGAAGAGAGAAUAAUUCAACAUAUAGCUGCUGCAGCAGCAAUGAGGAGAGCACACCACCUCGGCCGGAGGGAAGGCCAAAGAACUAGGUCAUCAGCUCAUGGCCGUCCAAAUGUCGUGGUAUACUCAACUCAGCCUGGUGCACCUCCAUCAACUGCUGAAGGGGGAAGUGAACCAGCUGCAAUUCCUGUAGGAAGUCCAUCUACCCCACUUACAUUUGGUGGAAAUGAGCAAUCAUCACCACCACAGCACAUCCCUCAAUUUCAUACUCGGAGUACUUCUUUACCUCCUGGCACUACUGUCACAGCAACCAAUCUUCAAGGAAUUCACUCUAAUGAUAGAAGGUUUGCCUCUCAUUCCUUGCCUGCAAACCAAGAUAGAGCACAGCCAUCAGAACAAUCGUUCUCCGAUUCUCUGCGUUCCAGAUUUAAUGCAGUAUCCAUGAGAUACAAAGAAUCAAUUUCGAAGGGCACUAGGGGAUGGAAGGAGAGGUUGUUCUCUCCUAAUUCUUCCAUGUCAGAACUUGGAUCAGAAGUUAGGAGAGAAUUGAAUGCCAAAAUCGCUAGUGUGUCCCGAUUGAUGGAGCGCCUUGAAACAGGAGAAAGUAAUAGGGCUGCAGGCACUUCUUUAUCAAAUCACUUGGCGAAUCGUUCCAAUGCAGAGACAAGCAACAACCAAAACAAUGUGGAAGCUCGUGGAGAGAACUCUCUGCGUGACAAUAAUACUCCAGCAUGUUCUGCUAACUCAAAUUCAAACUGAGCUCUAGUUUGCUUCUGUGAAUGCAUCUUUCCUCAGCAUAUCAUGUUUGAAGGCUAACUGUUUGCUCAGACAUGACAUGAUGAGGAAUAUAUGCUCAUGGCAGUUGUUGGAUUUCAAUAAAAAAUUUAGGAUUUGAGACACCUGUGCCUUUAACUCUGUAUAUAAUAUAUGCCGGGAACUGUAGGGAGUAAGUAUUUAAGGUGUAAUCUAAGGGAGAAUGUUUUCUGAAUUCCCCACCUGAUUUGUGUCCAUAAUAUGUCCUUAUGAUUACAUUUUAGAGUCAAAGGACAUAUAGAUCAAGGUGGCAAUUGGAGUUCUUGGCGUUUCUGCUGCACUUCAACCUUGAUUAAACUAAACCUUUGUUUUUAAAUUCACAUUAGGGAAUAUGAGAAGCUAUCUUUCGGUUUGAAAUUAAAA